UUUCUUUCGAAACCCAAUGUAGAUAUAAUAAGCCUAAGUCAAGUGUUGGUCUUGAGAUUGGAUAGGCUCUAUCCAUUGACCAAGUUGAGGAUAUGGCACCUAUUGUGAAUGCCGGUGGGGAUCAACGGAAUCAACGAGGAACUGGUACUGGAGAUUCAGCAACCUUUCCUGUCAAGCUCCGGGACCAAGUCUACAAACUCAUGAUAAGUCAACUGUUUUAUGAUGGACACCAAGCCUUGGCUGUGCAAUUAUCCAAUAUGGUGCAAGUGAGCCAGCCAUGCCCUCCAUCAGACCGCUUGCUUAAUCUUGUGUCGAUUGGUUUGGAGAAAGAGAAGGGUUCGUUUGGUGUAUUGCUGCUUCACUUCCGUUAUGCCCUCCUUGGGAAAAGCCUGAAUAAUUUCUUAUGUGUUGCAGACUCCAAGACAGUAAAUAGACUGGAUUCAACCAUCCUAGGACCUGGACUUGAUCUGGAAUUUGAGACUGAAGUGCCAGUGUCGGCUCCUGAACCAGCCCUAUAUGAAACAGCCUAUGUUACAGCUCAUAAAGGCAACUGCAGAGCUGGUGCCUUCAGUCCUGAUGGUCAGCUUUGUGCCACUGGAAGUGUUGAUGCCUCCAUUAAGAUAUUGGAUGUGGAGCGAAUGCUGGCAAAGUCUGCUCCAGAUGCUGAAGGUGGUUCAAGCACAAGUGGACCUGCAAAUGAAGUCCAGGGUCAUCCUGUUAUCAGGACACUCUAUGACCAUUUUGAGGAAGUGACAACACUUCAGUUCCAUCCUACUCUUCCCUUCCUCGCAUCAGGAUCUCGAGAUCACACAAUCAAAAUCUUUGAUUAUGCAAAAGCAUCUGCCAAAAAGGCAUCAAAAACAUACACUGAUGCAGACCAAGUUCGCUGCAUCUCCUUCCACCCUUCAGGUGACUACCUGCUGGCUGCCACAAAUCAUCCUGUGAUUCGUUUGUAUGAUGUCAAUACUGGUCAAUGCUAUGUCUGUAGCAUACCAGCUCAUCAGCACAAGGGAGCUGUCUUGUUCAUAAAGUAUUCAAAUGAUGGCAAGCAGUAUGUGAGUGCAUCUCGAGAUGGCUCUAUCAAGAUCUGGGAUGCAGUGUCCAACCGUUGUAUAAAUACAUUCCAGCAAGCACAUGAAGGCAUAGAAGUUUGUUCUGUAAUGUACUCCAGAAAUGGAAAGUAUGUGCUGUCAGCUGGGAAGGACUCAUUGGUGAAGCUGUGGGAGUUGUCUACUAGUCGUUGCCUCAUUGCAUACACUGGAGCUGGUACUGCAGGGAAACAAAACCACAGAGCACAUGCAGUGUUCAACCACACAGAGGACUAUGUUCUAUUUCCUGAUGAAGCUACCAUAUCCCUCUGUGCCUGGGAUUCUCGGAAUGCAGCUCGCAAGAAACUUCUGUCCUUGGGUCACAAUGGCCCAGUGCGGUACCUCAUCCAUUCAGCAGUGUCUCCUGCUUUUCUCUCAUGUUCUGAUGAUUUCAGGGCCCGAUUUUGGUACAGGCGUACACAUUCAGCCACACACUGAGUACAGGGCAUUUGCACAUCUAACAUCUCAAGGCCAAAAUACUGUUUUGUGACACCUCCUUGUGAAUAAACAGUUAUUGUCUACAUUUUUUUAA